GAGAAAAUAUUUUUCUGAUUUUUACGACCUCCAAUACAAGUGAUAAGAAUUGAUUUUUUUUUAAAUAAUAAACAAAAUAUACUUUAUCAAAUUGAAUAAAAAUAAAUGAGAAAAACUACAUAAUUGCUGUUUACGCGAGUGUUAACUGUUGGGAAAAAAUAUUAAGCAUCAGAAACAGUAUUGUCAAUUGCUUCAUUGUCAUUCAAGAAAAAGAUUUCAAUCAGAAAGUACGCAAAACAAAAUAACUCCAAAUUUUAGAAAACUUUAAGUACGUAUUAUCGAUUUAUAUAAAUUAUUCUAAACUAGAAAAUGGUUUUCACAAGAAAAAUAGUUCAAACAACGUAUUUAAUUAGUAAAUCAUUGUCACGGAGUAACUUAGUCAAGCCAAAGUAUAUUACAACAUCCAGCGUAAAUUUAUCAAGUGAACAGCGUUUAUAUACUGAUAAACAUGAAUGGGUAUCUGUAUCAGGUGAUAUAGGUACAGUUGGUAUAUCGCAUUAUGCUCAAGAAGCUUUAGGAGAUAUUGUGUUUGCUCAAUUACCUGAUGUAGGCAAAAAACUAUCUAUUAAAGAAGAAUGUGGAGCUUUAGAGAGUGUUAAAGCAGCUAGUGAAUUGUAUUCACCAGUUUCUGGAGAGGUUGUAGAAAAAAAUUCCGAGGUUGAAGAUCAGCCUGCAUUAAUUAAUUCGAAUUGCUAUGAUAAAGGAUGGUUAUUUAAAGUAAAGUUAUCAGAUCGUGAUGAAUUGAAAAAAUUAAUGGAUGAACAAAAAUAUUCUGAGUUUUUAAAGACUGAUGAUGCCCAUUAGCAAUUUAUUAAUAUAAAUUUUCAAUUUUAAGUAGGUUUUUUUUUUGUAAAGACACUGUUUUUUGUUUUUUAAUUUGGUUUGUAAAAAAUAAAUAAUUAACAUUA